UGUAGGCUACAAUAGAUAACCAGACAACAUUUAUGCAUACAGCAAAACAUCCCGGUACCCUGAUAUUUGACUAGCACCCUCAAAAUUUUCUGCAGGUAAAGCUUCGAGCAGGUUGUUAUGUUAGCCAACACCAACCUCAAUUCUUGCAAUUUCUCAUAUUUCCCAGUUCAUGGACAUAAUCAUGCUCCUCCGAAAAUUCCAUCUCCGCAACCCAUUAAACCUGAGCAGCAAAAGUUCCCAAUUGUUAUAAAAUUAAGCACAAGAUUUUAUGAAAAACACUGUAGGACUCGUACUAGCUGUAAUAGUAAUUGGAAAGAUGAGACUGGAAUCAACGGCAGCAUAAAACUGGUGCCAUUGCAGAAACUGCAAAAUUCAUUUUGGUGUUACAGUUCAUUGAGCACGGAAGAGAACCCGGAAAAUCCCAUAUUGGAAAAUGAAGAAAUUUGUCUGGAGGAGGAGAAUGAUGCAAAUAAUGGAGGAGGAGGAGGAGGAGGAGGAGAAAGGGACUGGACGACGUCGUUGUUGCUCCUUGGACUUUAUGCUGGACUUGUGUACUAUGUUGUCUUUCUAGCACCAAACCAAACCCCGUCGACAGAUGUGUAUUUCUUGAAAAAGCUUGUUAAUAUAAUAGGAGAUGAUGGCUUCCAAAUGAAUGAAGUGCUAGUGGCUUUGUGGUAUAUCUUGGGGUUGUAUCCGUUUGUGUACAGUAUGUUGCUGCUUCCGACUGGCCGAUGUGAAAAUAGGAGUGUCCCUGUCUGGCCCUUCCUCAUUCUUUCAGGCUUUGCAGGUGCAUAUGGUCUGAUUCCAUAUUUUAUUCUUUGGAGACCACCACCACCACCUAUUGAAGUAACUGAGCUUAGAAGAUGGCCUCUGAAUUUUCUGGAAUCAAAAAUAACUGCCGCGAUUGCAUUGGCUGCAGGGUUAGGUUUAAUGGCUUAUGCAGGUUUAUCUGAUGGGGCUGUUUGGAGGGAGUUUUACCAGUACUUCAGAGCAAGCAAAUUUAUACAUCUUACAUGCAUUGACUUUGCUUUGUUAUCAACAUUUGCUCCAUUCUGGGUUUACAAUGAUAUGACUGCUCGAAGAUGGGAUAACAAAGGUUUAUGGCUGCUUCCCUUAUCAUUGAUUCCAUUAGUUGGUCCUGCUUUAUAUCUCAUCCUACGACCUUCCCUGCUAGCUGUGCCAGCUUUGCUAAGCUCAAGCACUUCAGAAGAAAAAUGAUGGAUGACCUUUGGGAAAAUUUGUGAGAAGCUGUUAUGAUAGACUAUUGUAGAACCUAAGACCGGAAGCUGUCAAGCUCCAUUUGUGAUGCAUGAAGCCACCAUUCGUGAUGCAUGAAGCGGGUGGUGCUCUGACUCUCUCUCUCUCUUUUUCUUUUUUUUUUUGGUUUGUUUUUGUAAUCCUCAAUUGUUUUGUGGAAAUUUAAACUUUGAACUCAAAAUUAAUUGGGCAAGAACAGAUGAUACUACUAAAUUUUCGAGGUUUGUAGAAUUCCAUGGAUGGGAAAGAUACACAAGUAUGUCAGAUAAACAGUGAGCUGAAAUGAGGAGGUGUAGGAAAACGAAACUCAUUUAAUAGUGUAGAGGAAAAUACAAUUUCAAUUGUCAGUAUGAAACUUAUUGGAUA